UCUUUUUUCUUUUUUCAUUUCAUUUCUUAAAAGAAAAGCGAAAAAUUGGAAAUCAAGGACCCCCACAAGCCGAAACCUCUCCGCGGGAGAAAUGGGGGUAAAGAACUUGUGGGAUAUCUUAGAAUCGUGCAAGAAAACUCUCCCACUUCAUCGUCUUCAGAAUAAGAGGCUAUGCAUCGAUCUCUCAUGUUGGAUGGUUCAGCUUCAAAAUGUAAGCAAAUCGCAUUCUUGUCUGAACCAGAAGAUUUACCUCAAAGGGCUCUUUCACCGCCUUCGAGCGCUCAUUGCCUUGAAUUGCAGCCUUAUUUUCGUUACAGAUGGUUCAAUUCCUGGCAUCAAACUUUCAACUUAUAAACGUCGUUUGAACAAUGGAAGUGAGGUUGUUAAAAAUGACACAAAUUCCCAGCAAAUAUCCUCACUGAAAAGAAACCAGGGUUCUGAGUUCUCUUUAAUGAUCAAAGAGGCAAAAGCCUUAGGACUGGCGCUUGGUAUCCCUUGUCUAGAUGGGCUCGAGGAAGGGGAAGCACAAUGUGCAUUACUAAAUUCAGAGCUAUUAUGUGAUGGAUGUUUUACUUCAGAUUCAGAUGUUUUCCUUUUUGGUGCUAGGACGGUAUAUAGGGACAUAUGCCUUGGAGAUGGUGGUCAUGUAGUGUGUUAUGAAAUGGAUGACAUUGAAAGACAAUUGGGCUUUGGGAGGAACUCAAUGAUUUCUUUGGCCCUACUUCUUGGCAGUGACUACUCGCAAGGCGUUUAUGGCAUGGGUCGUGAAUCUGCUUGUCAGAUUGUUAAAACAGUAGGAGAUAGCACUGUCCUUCAAAAAAUUGCAUCUGAAGGGCUGUCUUUCACAAAGAAGGGGAAAAAUUCCAAGAAGUCAGGACUUCCUAACUCUGGGGAUGGGCAGUUCAUGCAUAAAUGUGAGGAGUUUUCACAAGUCAUUGAUGCCUAUCUGAGACCCAAAUGCCAUUCAGCUGAUUCUGAUGCUGUGACUAGGGUUCUUAUUCAGCAUUCUUUUCAACGUGCCAAGCUUCAGCAGUUCUGUGCCGAAUUUUUUGCUUGGCCUCCUGAGAAAACAGAUGAGUACAUUCUUCCAAAGAUAGCAGAAAAAGAUCUACGACGAUUUGCUAAUCUUCGUUCGAACACAGCAGGCCUCGGUUUCAACAUUCCACUUCAAGAGGUACCUGUAAGUUGUCCUGUUUCUGGAAUCGUCAAGCACCGAAAAGUCCAGGGGAACGAAUGCUAUGAGGUUUCAUGGAAAAAUUUAGAUGGGCUUAGUUCAUCUGUUGUACCAGCAGAUCUCUUGCAGAGUGCCUGUCCGGAGAUGAUUGUAGAAUUUGAAGAGCAAAGAGCUCAAGGAAGAAAACCAAAUAAGUGCAAAACAAAAACAAAGAAGUCAGAGGCUACUGUGGCUGAAAUUGAUAAAAGAUUCCAAACUCUGUUGCUUGAAAUAGAAUCUGAAAGCAGGGCAGUUCGUAAUCUUUCCCAAGCUCCAAUAGUUUCGGAAAACAGUAAUUCUGCUACUGGUUUGGAUGAGUUGCAAGAUAUUAUUUUUGACGUGGAACCAACCAUUGUUGAUCAUGCUCACGGUACAGAGAUCGUUGAGGUCAUCAAUCUCUUAAGCCCUUCACCUGCAAUUCAAACGCGCAAAGUUCCGAAAUUUCAACAGGGAAACUGUGAAAAGAUUGAUGUAAUUGAUUUGAGUGACACAGAAAAUGAUCAGUCACCUGAACAUGAGAGAAAGGCAAGUGAGUUGAGAUUGUUCUUAACCUCCUUAAAGGGUAAAUGACUUCCUCUGAAAGGCCAUAAAUGUAUUAUGUAUAUUGCAACGAAAUGUGCAACACUACUAAAGGAAUUAAGAUUUA